GAAACGAUGGAACAACGUUUCAUACUUUUUGUUUUGAAGUGUUUUGUUCUCACCAAUCAAGCUGUGAAAGGAUCAGAGGUCUUCACCGAUAUUGAGAAUCUCACUUUAAAUUACAGUUAUGGCGAGGAUGAAGAAAAUUUUUCAGAAUCUUCUCCUUGCAAUAAAACAGUGCCUGGAUUUAACAACAUGGGGAUGACCAUCGUCUACAUUAUCGUGUUUGUUUUCGCCAUCGUAGGUAACAGCGUUGUUGUCUUUGUCGUUUUCAAUAUGAAGAAAAGUAAAACCAGCACUGACAUCUACCUGAUGCACCUGGCGAUUGCAGACCUGCUCUUCUGUCUUACCCUGCCGUUCUGGGCUGUGAAAUGUAACGCUGGCUGGAUCUUUGGAAACUUCCUGUGCAAACUCCUCUCAGGCUUUCAGGAGGCAUCUGCAUACAGUGGCGUAUUCCUGCUGGCAUGCAUCAGUGUGGACAGAUACUUUGCCAUUGUCAGAGCUACGCGGGUCCUGUCCUCCCAUCACCUGUUGGUCAAAGUUAUUUGCAGUAUUGUGUGGCUGGUGGCUGUAAUGUUGUCCUUACCUGUGGUGAUUAAGAGGGAGAGCAUAGAUACUGAAUUUGGAGUGUCCAUUUGCUUUGAAAACGUUACUGGUGAAAGCAGCGAUCGCUGGCGAGUGACUCUACGCGUUCUGCGGCAUACACUGGGCUUCUUCCUGCCUCUGGUGGUCAUGGCUGUCUGCUAUGGCUGGACUGUGGUGACUUUGUUUCACACACGCAACCAACAAAAGCACAAAGCUAUGCGUGUCAUCUUGGCCAUUGUGCUGGCAUUCAUUCUGUGCUGGCUGCCUUAUAAUGUCACUGUACUGAUUGACACACUCAUACAGGGAGGAUCUCUGGAACUGACUACAUGUGAAACUCAUUACACAGUGAUUGCCAUGCUGAGUGUCACCGAAAUUCUGGCCUUCAUGCACUGUGCAGUGAAUCCGGUGCUGUACGCCUUUGUUGGGCAGAAGUUCCGUAACCAGCUGCUCUCAGCUCUUUACAGACACGGCCUCAUCAGCAAGAGGCUCCAGAUGGCUUACAGGAAGGGCUCUGCUGGCAGUGUAGGCAGCUUAAGAUCCAGAAACACCUCAGUCACAAUGUAAAAAAGCCCUGAUGGAUGAUUAUUUACAGGCUCAGGUGGUGGUCAUUUUUUAAAAUGCAUCUUCAACUGGUCAAAUGUCC